CACAGCAUCAAGCGCUUAAUUUUCUUUUAAGUUUGGCACUUUCAUAAUAUGAAAGGGUUUCUUUAUCCUUUUUGAUUGCGUAUUCUCGUGCAUAAUGCAAGUUUUCCUCUUACCUACCUGUUUAAGAUAAUAGCCUUGGUAAACAAAUUUAUGUCAGGAACCCUUUCGUAUCUCGCGCUCGCACCCUCAGCGUCUAUUUAAACAACAAACUUCGCGGUCGCAUCUCAUUCAACGAUACACACUCGGAACAAUUAGUUCAAAUCAAUCGCGUCUCGAUAACACACGUGCUGUGAAGUGAUCAAAAUGUUCAACAAAAGUAUGUCUCUCAUGGUGCAGACCAUAUUGGUCUUGAUGGAGAAACAGAAUUCUACUGGAGUUCAGAUUAGUGUUAAUGAUGAUAUGGAUUUGGAGCGAUGCUACGAAUCAUUCGGGUGCUUUUCGAAGGCGUAUCCCUGGACGGAACAUCGGCCUGACAACUACUUCCCAGAGUCUCCUCAAUCCAUGCGCAUAAGAUAUCCAGUGUUUACCAGACGGAACAGGAAGAUACCAGUGUUACUAGAAGCUGACAACGUUGAAAAAGUUCGAAACGCGAAUCUGGACCCGAGAGGACCUUUCUAUCUGAUCUCCCACGGGUUUUUGGAAGGCGGGGAUAAGAAAUGGAUCCAAAACAUGGCGGACGCUUUACUGAAUCUAGAAGGCAACGAUGCGGCAACAGUACUCGUGGUAGACUGGCGUGGAGGCUCCCAGCCGCCUUACGGACAAGCUGUUGCCAACAUCAGGCUCAUUGGCGCCAUGACAGCUCAUCUCGUCAAAGACAUUAAGGAAGUGUUGGGGCUGCAGAAUUUGGACAACUUCCACUUCAUCGGACAUUCUCUAGGUGCGCAUUUGGGCGGUUACUGCGGGCACGCUUUACAAAAGAAAUUCAACUUGAAACUAGGAAGAAUAACAGGCUUGGAUCCCGCUGCGCCAUACUUCAGUAAGACCGUGACGCUGGUGCGACUAGACCGGUCGGACGCCAAGUACGUGGACAUCAUACACAGUAACGCCAUGCCGUUGUAUUAUGCAGGUUUGGGUAUGUCCGAGGCAAUAGGCCACGUGGACUUCUACCCGAACGGCGGCGUCAUCCAGCCGGGCUGCAAGAAGGUCGACAACCACGUCACCACCCUCAACGACGACAUGUACAAGUGGAUGGUCAAGUCCGUGGGCUGCAACCACGAGAGGAGCUACGAGUUCUUCACUGAGAGCAUCUCGCCGUCUUGCCCGUUUAUGUUCAUACAGUGCGAGUCCUAUGAGGCAUUCGUGGCCGGGAACUGUACAUCAUGCAGUCAGACACACCUCUGUAUCCCGAUGGGAUACCAUUCGUACAAGGCGUACAAGGAACUGCUGGAUCGAGGGCUUGUGGACACCAUUUCGAACGUCGCGCUGUACGGGAAAACUGGAAGCAAGAAACCAUACUGCAGAGUGCAUUACGAAGUGGUGCUGAAGGUGUCCAACUCGACGGCUAGCAGAACGCACGGACCUGAUGUGGGAAGAGUGCAGAUCACUCUCAUAGACAGAAAUAACAACAAGAGCAAUCACAAGUUCUUGGACGAGGAACAGAAAUACUACAAACCCGGGGACAUAGAUAAACAGAUGGUGGCGGUGAGGGACACCGGCCUGCCGCCGCUGUCGGUGAUGGUGGAGUGGAAGUACGAGACCAACCUGUUCAACCCCAUCACGUGGCGGCUGCUCAAAUCCCCGAGCGUCUACGUCGAGUACCUUAAGCUGUCUUCCAUUGAAUACAAUACUGAUAUCACCGUGUGUCCAAAAAUGAAUAAACCAGUGGUUGCAAACCUUCCUUCAGUGAUGAAGACUAAAUAUUGCAGAUUUUAAGCUGUCACACAGCUUUGAAUAUUACAAUUAAAGAUCUCACUCAUAAGGUGCAGUUCUAUGAAAAUUCUCAUACUUAUUUAGAACAACAUCAGCUAAUUAAAGCUCGGCCAAAGGGACAUGUCACAAUAAUUUUAUUUAUCCCAUAAAUAUGGCGAAAAAAAUAAGGUAAAUUUCAAGCAUAGUCUUCUAAUGGUAAUUCUAAUUACUGCCAGGUAAAGAUUUUUUUAAAUUUCCUAACGAAUUUUUUGUGACAUGACUCGCUGACCAGCGCUUAUUUCAAUGUGAAUAAAAUUCAUGCAUUGGAUUAUUAUGUGUGAGCAUAAUUUUUAAUAAUUAUUGUUAUCUACAUGUUUAGCGUUAUUAAUCGGUUUUCAAUGCAAAAUCUAUACUGAAAGUAUUUAUAAAGUAUUUAUGGAUAAUUUUUAGAUUUUGUCUUUAAUUAGUCAUAGUCUAAUUAAUACCAUUAUUGAUAAUUAAUUUACUUUACUAUUUUAUAUGAAUUAUGUCUAAGUCUUUUUAUUCUUUUACGUAAGAUUGUAAAUAUAAAAAAAUAACAUUAUAUAUAGAACAUUAAGUAUACUUAUUUUAUGAAUAACAUAAUUUUAUGAACAGAAAAAAAGAUAUGUGAUUUAAAAAUAAAGUACUAAAUAAAGAAUUUUAUUUUAGAAUGCAUAAAAAAUC